CCCACGUGCUUCCGCAUAACAGAAGGGUCAGCUGACUCAAAAGGCACGCGGAAACUGUAAAGGCAGUAGCUACAACACGCUCAAUCUGUAAAAAGUAUACGGGAUAGUCUUUUGACAAAACAUAAAUUUGUAUGCUAAACGUGUGCGUAAGAUCGGAUUCAUAACACCAGAGCGGGAAUAAGAGCGAGCAAGGGUUGUCAUUCUUCAGUGGACCUAUGGCAGGUAGCAUCGCGCUCAACGGGACACAAGUUUCCUACAUCGGAAAUGACUGCAGAGAAAUUCCAGAGUACAUCGGGAAAACGUAUGGACACUUUGCGAAGCGGCUGGACCUCAGCUUCAACCAACUAAGGACUCUGUCUGGACUGAAUAUGUUCUCAGAGCUGGAGGAGCUGAUCGUGGACAACAAUCAGAUCGGGAAUGACGUCCGGUUGCCUGAGUUACCUCAUCUUCACACCCUGACUCUUAACAAGAACCAUAUAUCUGAUAUAGAGGCGCUGUUGGAGCACUUGGCGGAGGUGACCCCAGCCCUGGAGUACCUCAGUCUGCUGGGCAACGAGGCCUGCCCCAACCAGCUGGUCAGCCCAGACAAGGACGAAGAUGACUACCAGAGAUACAGAUACUUCGUCCUCCACAAGUUACCUCAGCUCAAGUUCCUGGACACGCGAAAGGUCUCGAAGCUGGAGGCGCUGGAGGCCCGUGCGAGGGGGGAGUACAUGAAGGUGGUCAAACCGAAGCGUGACGGUCCAUCGAGUGAAGCCUCCCUGGACUGUAACCCUCUGCCCUACACGCCUCUGCCCCGAGGAUCCAGAGACGCCAGGAAUCACCGAGGUCUAUUCUCCAAGUGCCGCUACAUCUACUACGGCAAACACUCAGAAGGCAACAGAUUCAUCCGGAACGACCAACUCUGAUGUCCAACCACCUCCACACAACCACCAGCAUCAUUAUACACCACUGAACACAAGCAGCAAGAAAUCACGCCCAGUCUGGAUCUUUUUUAUUGUGCUUUAUUGUACCGUUAUUGUUAUUAUUGUAAACCAUUACAAUACUUGGUCAUUUCAUUUGGCAUAUUCAUUCAGCCAUCCAUCCACAUUCUUUCUUCUUUCUUAUCCGGGGCCAGGUCGCAGGGGGCAGCAGUCUAAACAGGGACUCCCAGACUUCCUCACCCCAGACACUUCCUCUAGCUCCUCCAGGGGGACCCCAAGGUGUUCCCAGGCCAGCCGCCUUACUAUUUGGCACAGUUAGCACAAUUAUCAAAUCCGCAAAGGCUGUAACUAUGUAGCCAGUAGAAUGUUACUCUACAAAGAACAAAAUAUCCUGUCUUUCUGUAGAAAAACCUUGUAGUACCUGUAGUUUAGACCUCUGAAAACACGUACUGAAACACAUAGAAUUAUAUUAGUUUAUCAAUUCAUGUUUCAGUCUUCUCUUAAAUGUUGGAGGUUGGAGUUGUUUCCAGUGUGCACUCAGAACAGAGUUUUACUUUUUGAGGGUCCGACACCUACUUGUCUCCAUGGAAAUGUUAUUGCAUUGUCUAGAACAGGGGUGUCCAACCUUUUUCCUCCAGUGAGCUACCUUCACAAAACAAAAACGCAAGAGAGCUUCUCAUUUUAACGACCGCAAGAAACUGAGACGAUUAUAAGAAAGAGGGCGAGGCUCUUGGUACAGUUAGGUGCCUAUAAAACAUAAAUCAUUGUUCAUUUAUUAGUGCACAAAGCUGGACUUCAAAAUGAUACAUGUACAAUAGAAACAGGCAUGUAAUUUAACCAACAUUUUUGUUAUUCAGCACAAUGAUAUAAUUCCCUUUGGCGAGCUAGAAUGUUCCACAGUAUAGCUUAAAUCUAUCACGAGGGAGAAUACGUCACAUUACAACUCAGAUCUGCGGAGAAUCGCCCCUAUUCACUGAAGGAAUGACUGUAUUUUUGAGCAGUAGAAACCCCUGUAAUGAAUAAAUGCUAUAUGUAUGUUUAAUGUCAUACCAUGGAACAUUCCAGGGAAAGCAAUAGCAUCCCCAUAGAGACAAGCAGGUAACUGAUCCUCCACCAAAAAUUUUAAGAAAUAUCACAAUUCUAAUCACAUUAACUUUUAUCCCGCAAAUUGUUCAGCCGUAUUGGUGUGUUUCAGAAUGAUGAGAAAUUAGACCUGUUGCCAUAGUAAAUAGUAACAGGGUAUCCCCAGGGUUGACUAACCCAAAUUUAAGACUUUUUUAAAGACAUUUUUAAAACCACUUAAGUGAAAAUUAAGACCAACAUUGCACCCAGUAUGCAGGCGAAAAACACCAGAUCCAAUUCUAAUAAAGACCAUUGCUCACUGCUUAACUAACAAAAAAUACUUUUAUUAUAAAAUCUCAUUCAGAACUCAUUUUUAGUAGUAUUAUAACAUUCCCACCCACUGGCCAAACAACCCAAAAUAAAGUUAAAAAUAAAAUAAAUACAUGAAAUAAAUUACUAAUUAAAAAUAAAAUAAUAAUAAUAAUGAUUAAGUAAAUAAAAUUGAUAGAAGUAGAUAAAUUAAUUCAAUACACAAUGUAAGUGAAUACAAAGAAGAGGCUUGAAAAGCUUACAAGGGAUAGGAAGAGGAAAAAAAGAGGGAAAGAAAGGAUUGUUUCCUAUACUUUAGUCAUCCUCCAGAUCCUGAGGAAGAGUCAGUGUGACGUAAAAAGGGGUCCCAGGUAGCAUUCAAUAAUUUAACAGAGCCUCUGAGUGAGAACCUCAGUUUUUCACUGCAUUAAAAUAUGUUAACAUUUCUGACUGAAUUAACCUGUACAAAACUGAGAUACAUCCUCUGGUGAUAGUGUCCACAGAGAAGAGAGUCUAAUAAGGUUUCUGGAGGGCGAUUUGGAAAGUGGGGGAACAAUUUUUUAACAUAAUCCUGGACCUGAAAAAAAAAAUGAAAAAGAUGAUGCUUUGGGAGGUGAUAUUUGACAGACAGGUGUUCCAAAGAUGAAAAUACUCCAUUAUUAUACAGAUCACUAAUUGACCUAAUCCCAUUAUUAUGCCACAUUUUAAAUGCUAAAUCUCCAUUAGAUGGUUCAAAAAUAAAAUUUCUAAACACUGAUGUCAGGCUGGUAGGGCUCAAAAAGCCAAGCUGCUUCCUAAACUGAUUCCAAUUCUUCAGUGAGAUAGAGACCACAGGACAGUUAGUUAAAUGUGGGAGAGGAAGUUGCGAGCACAAAAUAGACCGCAGGGAGAACUGUGAAGAUUUUUUCUCCAGAUGCACCCAGCUUGGUAGGGAAUCCUCUCUGUCGCUCAUCCAAAAUAAAAGUUUCUGCACAUUCGUCGCCCGUAUUAAAAAAGGAUUUGUUAAGAAAAACAGGGAGGUGUUGAAACAUGUAGAGAAACCUGGGGAGAACCAUCCUGACCAAGCUUAUUCGACCUCCAAGUGAAAGAGGUAAAGCUGACCAACGCACAAAGUCCCUCUCAGUCUUAUCAAUCAAGGGGAUGAGGUUCUCACGAUGUAAGUCCCCUAACUUGAAUGCCUAAAUAUCGAAAACCAAUACUCGACCACCGAAAUGGUGCUAUAGAAGGAGAGAGUGCCGUAGCAAGAUCAUUAAUAAGCAGCAGCUCGCUUUUUUGGUAGUUAAGUUUAUACCCCGAUAAUCAACCAUACUCAGGACGUUUAAAAUAGUCGGGAAAGAAGUGACAGGGUCAGAAACAUAGAGCAAAAGGUCAUCCGCAUAAAAUGAAACCUUAUGGACAGUUUCCAAUCGCGUGAUGCCUUUGAAAGUGGCUUCUGAACGCAACCACAACAUUUAUAACAUUCUAACAAGACAAACAAACCUCUUACAUUGUCUUGUCUCACACUGUCUUUCAAAGUGCUUCAACUAUUUAAAAUUUUCAACAACAACAAACUGUUUUUCACUGUACUGAUUGUUUACUCAUUGCCGCCGGCGCCAGAAACCAAAGUAUUGUUUGUGCAUACUCCAAAUUAGAUGUUCAUUCAUGUUAGGUGAUUUCAUGUUUUUUUUUUCCUCCAUUUAACAUUGCACUGCAGCUCAUUUGAGUAUACAAAAAAAUAGGCUAAUGACAUUUAAGACCUUUGUGAAAAAAAUAAGACUUGGACAACAAAAUUGAAGACUUUUUAAAGCCUUAAUUUAGGAACAUGAAAUUUAAGACCUUUGUGAAAAAAAUAAGACUUGGACAAUAUAAUUUAAGACUUUUAAGGUCUUAAUUUUGGAACAUGAAUUUUAAGACCUUUUUAAGACUUUUAAGACCCCGCGGCUACCCUGUAUAAAACUAAAUAUAUGCCAUGUUUUGAAUAAGAUACCGCACACACCAGGAAGCUGUAACCCACCAAUUCUUAAUGUUAGUGCGCGUUAUGAGCUGCCUUUUCUUAUAUCUUAACCCGGCCUCUCCUUUUGAGCUAUGGCCCCGUGCGAGUUUAAAGUCAGGGAUGACACUUGAGCUGACAUGAUUGCCUCUAAGCAUCAGCAGAGCCAGCGCAAACAAAGCUCCUCUCUCCCUCUCUUUCUCUCCUUCUCUCCCUCUUCUCUCCCUCUCUUUUUCUGUCUCCGUCGGUGACAAACACAUCCCUCCAAUUGCCUGUGUUCCUCUGACAGCCAUGAUGGAUCACCUAUCUACUGCUGCCACUAAUCAAGGGUGAAGGGGUGACGGUCACACACCUGGGGCCUGACUCGGGCUCAUCACUCUCCCGCCGUGUUCUCUCUAUCUCUCUUUCUCCUCUUCUCUGUCUCAUCCCUUUCUUUCUGUCAAGGCACGCGCAUCUGCCGUUAAAAACAUUAAGACGUUGAUGCAGGAGCUGUUUAAUAUUCCGUGAUCAAAGUCGAGGUGUGAUAGGUUGAGCUGAGCGAGAAGUUCGUUUUUUAAAUUUGAUUUUGAAGAUAUUUUGAAGGAUUUUUGUCUAGGUAGAAGUAGCAGAUGAAAUGUUUGAUAAAGGUGCACUGCGUAACUUUUCUGGUGUUGCUUGUCUCCAUAGAUGUGUUACUGAUUUGCCUAGAAAGUGCCACAGUUUGGUAUUAAACUUGUCACUGUGGAGAGAACGCCAAGUUAUAUCUGUGGAGAGGCGACCCAGCUCAUAGUAAGACAACAAAAACACAUCUAAUUGAAUGAAUACUUUAGAGUUGAAUAGACCAUUUUGGAGCAUUCCAGAAAAAACAAUAUCUCCAUGUCUAGAAAUGUUACAUGAUGCACCUUUAAAUUUGGCUUCUACUUAUUGCAUUGCACUUGCCUUGUAUUGCUCAAAAUAAGUUUUUGGUUAUAUAUAGUUAUUGAUUACCAAAAACAAAAUGUCUGAAAUAUUUAGUCAUUUACUUAAUAAUUACUUAAUAUUUAGCUACUUUGAUCUAUUUUAAUUUUACAAAAUGAUAAUUAUAAACCACUGUGCUGGAAUCUUCUGAACAUUCUUUUAGUUUAGCCCCUACUGUUUUUAUGAAGGGCAGAGCGUAUGAUUUUAUUAUUUUAGUACAUUCCAUUUAUAUUUUAUGUCUGCCAAUGUGUGUUUAAGACGUCAAUGUUUAACUUGUGGUCUAUAGAUAAAAUACAACAUGUGCAAUAAGUGUAUCAAAAUACAACCAUGAAUUUCAAUCAUUUUCUUUGUCUACAUAUUUUUGCACAGUAUUCACUGUUAUUGUCUCAUGUGUUGAACGAUAAAUGAAUGACUACGAUGAAAAUGCUGUGAAUGCUCAUGUACAGUUUAUACUGGCUGAUUAAAGACAUUUAACUUUG